GUGUCACCCCGGGUAGGGCCCCUGAAGGCCCCGUCCCGCCCUAGAGGUCUGCUGGGGCCGUUGUCAUGUGUCUCGGUGGGGGGCACAGUGGGUUGAGGUGGUGCCCUCAGCCGCAGACCAGCGGCGGGGCCAUUUUGUUCCCCUGGGCUGCGGAUUGGGGGCCUCAGGGGAACGGGCAGCGCUUCUGGGCACUUCUGUGUUUUCGGCUGCGCCUCUCUGUGCCAGCCAUCAAAUGAUAAAUAAAAAUAAUAAAGUGGUGUUACGUCAGGUAUUUCUUAGAAUAUGUCGUUAUUCAGCAUCCCAGCUCCCUGUAAUGUGAAAAAAAAAAAUGCUGUUUCCCCCCAGGCCAGGAGAGCUGUUGUCUUCCUGCCCAAAAUAACCCCAAUUAUAACUGCAUACAGGUUGGGCUCUGCAAAAUAUUUUAAAUGCUGAAGUAACAGCUGGGGAAGAAAGCGUUUCAGGAAGGCAUCAGCAGUGUAAUUUGUUUCUUUUCAAAUGUGAUUCCCAUUUUUCCUUGUGACUUAAGCAAGGGAUGUCAUACCUACUCCCUUGUGUGUUAUCCACACUGACACGAAGUGAAAUGACAGCAGAGGAGGAUUUAGUACAGUCAGAAAAAGCAGGAAAAUGCUGCUCACGAAUACUAAUCUGUAUCUGAUUAACUUUUUUUAAUCACAUACAGAACUUAAAAAACUAGAAAACCCAGUAAAUACAGUGAUUUUUCUCUUCUGGAACUUGCAGUUAUUACUUUUGUCCAAAAUUCGAAGUACAACAUUGCAUUUCAAUUCCAUCUUUUAUACGGAAAAUGAAGAUUACAAUUCUUGACCUUCCUUAUCUAAAAAUAAUUUCCAAAGGAACCUGAUGAUUUUAAGAAGUUUAGCUUUACAAUAAAAUCCAGUCAGUUUGAGUUCUUCUGAUUAAUUUUUUUUUGUCUUAAUGGAUUUAUGUGUUUGUGAAAGGAUAUGCAAUUACUGACUGCUGCUUGCAGAGAGGGAAUCUUCCACAUUGGGAAUGUCUGCAGGAACCAGUGCAAUUUCACUGCUUCCUGCUGGUACCAUGCUGUUUCUUCUUCAUUUUUUUUUCCUUUUCAUGCUGCUUUUUUUCAAUCACUUCUAAAGAAUUCAAAUCUUUAAAGUCUCUGUGUCACCUUUUCUUCUUACAGUACUGUCUCAGUAUGUAUUAUUGAUAAAUGCCACUUUUUUGUGGAGUAAAUGUCUCAUAAUGUCACAUGCAUCUUUUUUGAUUGUCUGAAAAUGAUUGACUGAGCAUUCAUUUUCUGCGAUGUUCACUUAUUUAUGAAAAAGCUGUGAGACUGAGUUGCACUGAAUUUUCCAGACAGGAACUUGGAAUUCUGUUGCUGUUUUAGAUUGCAGAUAUUUGACACAGUGAAGACAAAGCAAUAACAAAAUAUAAAAAUAGAGAACUUUCUACUUAAUAUUUACACUUAGAUUGUCUUUCAGUGCACUCUUGCCUGUAUAGUCAGCAAUUAGAAGGAUUACCAAAGGUACCCUUUAGACACCUAUUCCACUCAUUCUCAUCUUGCUGAAUCAGGAGCUGUUAAAUUAGAUGUGUAGUGGGGAGCAUUGUGUUUAAAAUUUGACAAUAAAUUACUAAUUUCUCCCCCUUUGAAUCGAUCAGGAGUGAAAACAGCAAAUCGUCUUAGUAACUAUGUAGAGUAAUAAAUUUUAAAAUAUUAAUUUAAAACAUUGAACUUGACAUGCUGAACCUCCCAAGAUUUUAUAGCAUUCUAAUUCUUACUACACUAAAGCAGCUGAAGGGUAAGAGGAAGUAUUUUUUCAAAACUUACACUUUCUGUACAGUUAAAUUUUGUAUUAGAAAACUAAAGCCUCCUCGCAAAAAUGAAUACAGUUUCUUUAUCUUCAUUGUCUUAAUUCUUUCUUCCUAGGUACAUAAAAUAUUCUGUAAAAUAACAGCAUUUACAAUCUCUCUUUUCUAAAACCCUUUUGUCUAGUAAGACGUACCAACCAAGUUGGGAGCAGGUGAAGUGACAACGAUUCAGUCUUUUGAGGAGUAGAAUUGAAGGUCAUAAGAAAAAGUUCCUCAGGCUUAGAAUGGAAAGAGUGAAUACAUGAGAUUGUCUGGCCAUGGCAAGGAGAAGAUGCCUGCUCCAAGGGUGCCAGUGCUGGGAGCAAGAUCAAUGGAUCUCUUCUAUUCCAGGAGACAUGGAGGUCUAUUUGUGGUUGGAGCUACCUGACUAGAUAAAAGCGUAGAUCAGUCUGCUGUGAAAGUACCUCCCAUGAAGAAGACUGCCUGAUGGCGUAGUUUGUUCUGAAUGUAUCACCUGAUUAGAUAAGCCUUUUCAUGAAAUUUAAAAAACAGAAUCGGUAUUUUUAUGGUCUCCGUGUUUGGCUUGGAUUUUUUUAUCCCCUUCUUUGUCAAUUCAGGAGUAGAUUGAAGAAAACAUGGCCAAUCAACGGGAUUACAUUAGCAGACCUAUUUGCAAUGGAAUUUCUGUUCCUGAAAGUAAAAUCAAUUCCUUAGUGGCUGAAGGUCAUGGACAACAAAUUCUAAAAGUACUACAAAAGUUCAGAGAACAAAAUAUAUUUUUUGACUUUAAAAUUAUUGUGAAAGAUGAAAUAAUUCCUUGUCAUCGUUGUGUACUGGCAGCAUGCAGUGAUUUUUUCAGAGCCAUGUUUGAAGUUAAUAUGAAAGAACGAGAUGAUGGCAAUGUUACUAUUAGUAAUCUAUCACCCAAGGCAGUGAAAGCUUUUCUUGAUUAUGCUUACACAGGAAAAACAGAGAUAACAAAUGAUAAUGUGGAAAUGCUCUUCCAGCUGUCAUCAUUUCUUCAAGUUUCACUCCUUUCCAAAGCUUGCAGUGACUUUCUAAUAAAAAGUAUUGAUCUUGUGAAUUGCUUACAGUUGCUAUCGCUAUCAGAAAGUUAUGGCUCCGACCGCUUAUUUGAUCACGCACUAGAUUUUGUACAGCACCACUUUUCCCUGCUACUCAGAUCAAGUGACUUCUUGGAGAUUAAUUUUGAGAUACUACAAAAAUGUCUUGAGGCUGACGAACUAGAUGUCCCUGAGGAAGAAUCAGUGUUGAAAGCUGUCCUUCAGUGGACCAAACACAACUUAGAAACACGACAGAAAUAUCUGCCUAAUUUGAUCCAAAAAGUGAGACUACACCAGUUACCUGAAAAGACUUUGCAAGACUUUCUGCAUUCUGAAGAAUAUUUACUGAAAAGUGCUAAUUGUUCAGUAAUAAUCAAUGAUGCAGUUAAAAGCGUGCAAAACUUUAGUGGACUGUUUCCAGAUGCACGUCCUUCAACAACAGAAAAAUACAUAUUUGUUCAUAAAACUGAUGAAGAUGGAGAAAACCGGCAUACAUUUUGCUACAACAUCAAAACAGAUAAAUGGAAAGAACUACCAAAUACACACAUGAUUGAUCUUCCAGGGUCAAGUUUAUCUAGCUAUGGAGAAAAAAUAUUUAUAACUGGAGGAUGUAAAGGGAAUUGCUAUAGGACCGUCAGGCUUCAUAUUGCUGAACCGUUUCAUGAUGCCACAGACCAAACCUGGUGCUACUGCCCAGUCAGCAACGAAUUCUCCAUCGUGUCAGCUAUGACAAAGCCAAGGACAAUGCACACAUCUGUUGUAACCUUAAACCAGUUGUUUGUAAUAGGUGGAAAGACCAGAGGAGCUCAAGAAACCCGAAGUCUUUUGGAUGUAGAAUGUUAUAAUCCUAUUUCCAAAGACUGGAAAUCUGUAAGCCAGUUACCAAGAGGUAUCUACUAUCCAGAAGCAAGUGCAUGUCAGAAUAUAAUUUACGUCCUUGGCUCAGAGGUAGAGAUUACUGAUGCCUUUAAUCCAUCUCUUGACUGUUUCUUUAAGUAUAAUGCUAUGACUGAUCAGUGGUCGGAGCUUGUAGCAGAAUUUGGGCAGUUUUUCCAUGCAACUCUAAUCAAAGCUGUUCCAGUGAACUGCACGCUGUAUAUAUGUGAUCUCUCCACCUACAAGGUCUACAGCUUUUGCCCAGAAACCUGUGUAUGGAAAGGGGAAGGAUCUUUUGAAUGUGCUGGUUUUAAUGCAGGCGCAGUUGGGACAGAAGACAAAAUUUAUAUAUUAGGUGGUGAUUAUGCUCCAGAAGAAAUCACAGAUGAAGUUCAAGUCUACCACAGCAGUAGGUCUGAGUGGGAAGAAGUUUCCCCAAUGCCAAGAGCCUUAACUGAGUUUUACUGUCAGGUCAUUCAGUUUAAUAAAUAUAGGGACCCCUGGUCAUCUGUAAUGACAAUUUGCUCCGGAGAAUUUUGAAACUCUUGAGUCAGAUGAAUCUAUUUAAAUGCACAAGUUUUAGAACAGAUUUUUAGGUAUUAAUUUGCAUAAAACUAUGUACUAUUUUUAAGUUAUUCAGUUUAAAUUGUCAGCUAUAGAGUUGUUUUUGAAAGGGUCCAUAAAAUUGUCAUUAAUGCUAGCCAUUAUAUAUAAAGUAUUUUUUAGUUUUAUAUACAAGUCUUCUCUGUAGUUAUCUGAAUAAUUUUCAAAACACUACAUUUCAAGAAAGAAGUUAUGAAGAAUUCAUCUUGUAAUGUGCCAUUAUUUCUGUAAUAAUCACAGUUGACCUAGGAGACAAAUUGCUGACUGAGAAAAGUGCUUGCGAUACUGUUUUCCCUAUGUAACUGAAGUUUAAAAGAAAUCUACAUUCAUGCGUUGUUGUUUUUUUGUCAGCUUUAUCUUAUUAGAAUGACCUUAGCAAAGGCAAAAGCCAAAGUGACCUUCACAGCAUUAAAACCAGGUAUCUAACAUGAAGAGACUGAUAAUUUCUGUCAUCUUACAUCAGCUCUUCCGUUUGACCAGUUUUUCUCCAUCCUUGUGCCUUAGUAGUAGCUGUACUUUCCGUUGUCAUCCCAUAGCUGUGGCAAGAAAAACCUUGGUACCAUUCUGCAGGGUGAAAAAGAUUUCUACAGGGUGGAUGAUUCCUGUGGGAACUUUGCUGUACAGGUGGUCACCUCAGUCGCUGCAAGAAAAAAUGCUUUGAACAGAAGUCUUCCAUCUCUGAAGUCUGCAGAGCUAUCUGAUAAGCAGCAAGCUGUACAGUCAGCUUUAGUUGUUGCUUCAGUUAACUAUGGGAAAAGUUUGUAUCUUGUCAUACACAAAAUACAGUGUUACAUAAAUAACUCCUGAUACUUAAAGUAAAUAGUAUUCUGAAGUGAAAUAACCCCUUUUUUUUUUUUUAAUUUUUUUUUUUACUUCUAUAGCAGUUUAAAUGAAUGACACUUCCAUCUUGUACUUCAUAGUAAUUUUAAGUGUUAAAAUAUUACAUGGUAAACACUACAUAAUAUAUUGCUUGAGAAACUUCCUACAGUAAUCAUCAUGUUAAAAUUGUAAUGGACUUUCAGUAUUACUAUUAGUCUAGGCAUACAUAGUGAAGUAAAUUUGAUCUCAUGCAUACAAAUUGGGACCUGUGUCUGACGGAAGGACACUGGCAUUAGCUAGGUUUCAUAAACUCGUUUGUAAUCUUCCACAGCCUGAGAAUUUUCUUUCUUUCCAAAUAUUUAUAUAACGUUUUGGGAGCCCUUAAGCCAUAAAGUUGUGUUAUGCCAGUCAAAAUGGUUCUAAACAUCAAAGCACGUCUUUUCAAAGUAGCUGAAAAAUGAACAAAAUUUAGUGAGGUAGCUAAAAAAUCUUUCACACGGCUUGAGGCAAGUAGGGUAGUUUCGUUAUCACAUCUCUACUGCAUGUACUGUCUGCAAAAGUCAAGCUCAACAUUCGUGCUUAAAGCUUGGUAUCACCUAGCAAUGUAUUUCUCUUUCAGACAGCAAACAAUGGCAAGCUCCAAUUCUGUGAUUUUUAUUACUUAUCAGGUAUCUUUAAAAAAUUACAUAGUAUUUAUCAUAAAUAUUUUCAUAAGGAUGUAAAUGAAAAUUAUGCACAUUUGGAUAACCUAUUGCUAGUGGAACCUUCCCCCUCAGUAAUUUCUAUUAAGGUAUGUGUCAGUUCUGUAGAAGUAAAUAGUUUGUUGUAGUAGUAUUUCAGGUAACUUCCACAUUUAUUUUGCUCUUUUCAUCAUGAGUCUCCAACUCAUGUUAUAACUACACUUAGACAGGUACCCUAUAGAAUCACCAUAUGGAAAUGCAAGUAUUUUUGUACUGGAACACAACUACUUUUCAUUAGUGCAAACCAAAUGUAUUGAAUAGUUUAGGAGAGAUGGAGAAAACUAUUUCUGCUUAUUGAAACAUCAAGAGACAAAUAAAUAGACAUACAGGAGAACAGUAGUUUUAGCUUUAAUAAGGCUACUCAAGGUAGCAAAGAGACUUCAUUAACCUUUAAUUAUUGUAACUUGUCACUUUCCAUCAGAAAUACUAAUUAUUUGCUUGUGCUUUCGUGCUGUUUUUAUACCCAAGUAAUAAGUAUGCAAUUUAUGCAAUGACAAAAGUGACAUUAUGCCCAUAGCACAUGGGUAUAAACAGCUAUGCAAGUUGGAAGAGACUAGAGAAGUGCGAGUUAUUUUCAAUUGCCACUGUCCUGACCAAAUUGUUGGGCCGCAUAAACAGCACUGAGUCGGUCACAAAUUCAGAUGAUGCUCUUUCCUCCAAGUUUUUCCUUCCAGCACAUUUCAUCUGGUGGUCCUCCAUCCAGCUACACACACACCUCAAUCACAUGACAUCAGACAGAGCAAUGGUGUAUGUGGUAAAUUAUACAAUAUAUAUAUAUAUAGUGAAAACAAUGCAGCUUUAUUUGGAAAAACACAUGCUUCUUUAAUAUUCUACGUGACAUUUGCACAGGAACUAAUGUCAGUUCCCAAUCCGACAAAUCGUUCGUGGAUUUCAGAUGGAGUUUAGCUGUCUUAAUCGGUGAUCAAGAAAUAAAGUGGUAGUGUCAGUUAUUUUACACUAUUGCUUGUAAAAUGUUACUGUGAAAUAGAAUGAAAUUUCUUCUAUUAUGUAGGAAAGCCGAAGGAGGAAUAAAAAGGCUAUUUGCUGUAGUUUCACAUACAAGGGUUAAAUCUGAUAGCGGAACUGAGUGCAGAAGCAGCUGUGCUAGAAAGUCAUGGUUAGAAACAAGGCUUUAUGAUAUGACUAAUGGCCUAUAUUCCACAUGCUGUGAUUAAUACCCAAUGACAGAUGAAAUCUCAGUGAAGUCAACUACACUACUCAAAAGAAUAUGGAUUAUUUGCUCGAGUUACUUCUGUAAGUCUGGAUCAAAUAGAUAUUUUUAGUUGACUUUACACAGCAGCUAUGGAAUUUAAAAAGAUCCCAAAAUUCGUGCAAUUUUUUUCUAUAUUUUUUCUGACUUUUGAAAGCUCACAGAACUUUAUGAAAAUGCACAUUCCUCUAAAAACAGUCCAUGACUAGAUUAAUGAUUAGCUAUGUUCUCACUGAAAUAUAGUAAAAUGUUUAAAACAUUCAAAUUGCAUGUAAAAGUAUAUGCUACUAUUUGCACUUAAAUGAUGUAACCAAAACAUUUCUAAUAGUUGUCUAUUAUAUGUCACAGAACACAUUAUAAGCAUGACCAGUAUAAUAUACAUUAAGAUAAUAUAUUGUAUGUGGGACUUCAAUACCCAGUAAUGAUUAUAUUGGAAUAAUCUUAAUUUUUAAAGAAUGCUAUCAAAACAUUAUGGCACUUUGGUAAUGUUAUCAUAUUGGUUGAAUUAUAAUAAAUAUCAAUUAUUCAGGUGUUUAUAUUGAUUAUGUUUGCACAGACCUGAUGAUCAUUAUUUAUGUGCUAAUGAAUUUAUUUUCUAUAUUCUAAAUACAUUACUAGUAAGUCAGUUUACUGCUGUUAGAAAAUCAUUAUAUUUUAAAAAUGGAGUAGAUUUACUGGGUCAGAUUUAUUCCCGGUAUUACUCCAUUAAGAAAGCUGUAUACCUCUUCUGAUUAGUAGUAACUGUUAGGUAAGGUAUAGGAUAUAGGAUAUGCUGUUUGCAUUUUGAAACGUGGAGUCUAAUUUUAGAUGUUUUUGUUUGUAGUUGACCGACAGGAGGCAGCAUAAGAUCUACUUUAAUUAAAACAGAAUUAAACCAGGGAUAUAUUUGACAAUAUUUGUAUCUGAACGUUAUGCUCAGUUUACUUUUUUUUUUUUUUUUUUUUUUUUUUUUUCCCCUUCUAACAUCCAAUACAGCAUAGAGAUCAGUAACAUUUUGCUACUGCCUGGGCUCUGCUGAUAUGUGGAAAGUGCGAUACUGUAUGUUUGCUGAAAUGUUCAUUCUUCUGUGAAAUAAAGCACUGAGCAACUGAA